UUUAGUUCUAUAUAAAAUAUUCCAUGCAUGAAGAAGAUGAAUGAUUUUGUUAGAUAAUAUAUUUAUUCAGGCAAACUUAUCUGAUUAUUGUUCUGACAUGAAGAAUAUAUAUCUAAGGUCUUCCAUUGACGUUUGAUGCUAAAAACUCAAGCCAAUCUUGAUUGUUUUGAUCACUGAAAGAAUGGAGGCCAAAAUCUCUAGGAGCCUAAACUUUACAACAUCGUUUGGACAUGGAUCACCAGAAACGAAAGCUUUAUGUUCUACUCAGCAGUCUUCGGCUUCAGCUUUCCAAUUUGAAUGUUUUAGUGUUGAGGAAGAUUUGAUGAUAAAGAACAAGUUAGAGAAGAUUGGACCAUAUCUAGAUGGAAGGUGUAUAUAUCUUGUUGGAAUGAUGGGCUCUGGAAAAACAACAGUUGGCCAAAUCCUAUCUGAAAUUCUUGGCUAUUCUUUUGUCGACAGUGACAAACUAAUAGAGGAGGUUGUUGGGGGAAUCGCAGUUGCUGACAUCUUCAAAUUGCAUGGCGAGAAAUUCUUUAGAGAGAAGGAGACUGAGGUGUUGAGGAAGCUGUCAUCGAUGCAUGGAUCGGUGAUUUCCACGGGUGGAGGUGCUGUUGUUCAGCCUAUCAACUGGAAAUAUAUGCAGAAGGGUGUUACUAUAUUUCUAGAUGUACCAUUGGAAACACUGGCACUACGAAUAGUUUCUGUAGGAACUGCAUCUCGACCACUUUUGCAUGAUGAAUCUGGAGAAGCAUAUGUAAAGAAAACAGGGUUUUUAGUGUUGGCUGCGGAAGGAGGAAGAGUUUGGGGGAGGUCUGCUGCAGAACGAAGACAAGGAACGGGAAAGAAACGAUCGAUCGAAUCUCAAAAAAAUAGGAACGAAUAUGGUGAGUAA